AUGGAUCUUUUGAUGGGCAUCGCUGCGGCACGAAAGCGGUUGCGGAAGCUUCGGCUUGUGAUUGACUCCUAUGACCACAACCAGUCCUCUUUGGCCGCGCAGUCUCCAGCAUCAAUACUUCAAAGAAAAUGCGCCAGAUUCUUCCCCAUAUUACUACAAGCCUUGGAUGCUCGUGGGUCGAGUGGGCUCUCGGAGCUGCAAGGGCUGGGGUAUUUCCCCAUGGAUCAGCCGACAUUUUUAGCACUGCAAACGUUUGUCAACGGCUUCCACGCAGAGUUGAUGUAUUCCGACGAUAGCACAGGAGCAGAGAGAGUGGCGAGUUCAGCAUUAUUCUUCAGAGGCAAUCUCUUGUGGAGUUCUAUGGAGACGGCAACGAUGCAGUUGCUGUACAAAUUCCUGCGGCUUCGUGAAGAACGUGGAAUGACGAUGAUGCGAAGUGACGAAACAAUCCACGAGAGUGAUGAGCCAUUUUCUGAUCUGACUGCAACGCGUAAUGCCCAACCGGAGCUGUGGAUGGCUAACGCAUACGAAGAUACAUUUCGUCCUGUUUGGUCUAGUAAGCUUUCCUACGGAGAAUGCGAUGUCGUAUCCCACACAGAUGAAGCGCCUCCUUAUCUGCGCGAAAGCGUUCGAUCUUUACACAAGCAGCACCCCGUCUCACUCUCAACGUUCCUCGCAAUGAAGACACGAGCUCGGUCUAUCUCCUUUCGUAAUGCUGGUCUAUUGCUGAAGGAUGGCCACUUCUCCAAGUUUCUUCAUGCAAAUCGAGAAAUCGCAUCGGAAAAGACGACUGCUAGGCAUCGAGUAGUUGUGUGGCACGAAGCGGAUCUCACGAUGGUCAUCUUAAUUCGUCUAAACCCUGGACUGGAGGCAAUUAACGCACCGGCAGCCACACUGGAGCAGCUGAAAAACUAUCUUGAGGGCCAGCAGCGGUUCCAGAACCUGGCACAACUUAUUCUUACGAGCUACAAUGCUGCAUUCGCUCCAGAGAAGAGCGUCCCGAAUCUUCAUUCGUUUCCUGCGUUCCUGUACAUUAACCGUGUCAACCUUGCGUUCCGGAUGCAGUAUGUACCACGCCUACUGAAGAGCAAGGAGGACGACUUGUUUCCGAUACCUGCCAAGUUGCUGGCGCACUAUUUUCCAUCGUCUCUGCAGAAGCUAAUUAAUGAGCUUCACGCCGAGCUACACAAGUCUACGAGUGCUGGAAAUCGUGAGAUCUGCGUCCGCACGCGGCAUGCCGGCUGGGUGCUCGCCAAGAAGUCGGAAACUUCACACCGCGAGCUGUAUGUCUUCUUCGAUAGUAAAAUCGCGUCAGUUUACGAUCUCUCAGAUUCGCUUCAAAUGCUCCUACACGACCAGUUCGGAAAUGUCUUGUUUUAA